AUGGAUCAACCAAAGAAACCUAACAAGAUUAGAGACAUCGUUAGACUUCAACAAGUCCUUAAGAAAUGGAGAAGAAUAGCCAAUGCUUCAAAAACAAACAACAACAGUACUACUAGUAAAAGCAUAAAGUUUCUUAAAAGAACACUUUCAAUGUCCGAACGCGAAGGAGGAGGAUCGAGUGCGGUUCCAAAAGGCUACCUAGCAGUUUGCGUCGGUGAAGAACUUAACAGGUUUGUUAUACCAACCGAGUAUUUGACUCAUCAAGCCUUUCAUGUAUUACUCAGAGAAGCAGAAGAAGAAUUCGGAUUCGAACAAACUGGUGUUCUAAGAAUUCCUUGUGAAGUAUCUGUGUUUGAGAAUAUCUUGAAGACGGUGGAAGCAAAAGACGAAUUUUCUACUCAGAAAUGUAGUUUUGGUAUUGAAAAAAUGAUGGGAUACUGUUCCUCACACCAGCUCGGUUAUUAUCAUCAUCCUGAUAGUCCUAUGUGCAGAUAG